UUCCUAGAUUUUUCUCUCUAGCUGAGCAACAGACACACAGGGAAACAUGCCUGAGCAAAGCAAUGAUUACAGGGUGGUAGUGUUUGGAGCUGGAGGAGUGGGCAAAAGUUCUUUGGUCUUGAGAUUCGUGAAGGGCACUUUCAGAGAGAGCUACAUCCCUACCAUUGAAGACACCUAUCGGCAGGUGAUCAGCUGUGAUAAGAGCAUCUGCACUUUGCAGAUAACUGACACCACAGGCAGCCAUCAAUUUCCAGCCAUGCAACGUCUUUCUAUUUCUAAGGGACAUGCUUUCAUCUUGGUUUACUCUAUCACCAGCCAACAGUCCUUGGAGGAACUCAAACCGAUCUAUGAGCAAAUAUGUCAGAUUAAAGGUGACAUAGAAAGCAUCCCAAUAAUGCUGGUUGGGAACAAAAAUGAUGAGAACCAAAAUCGAGAGGUGGACAGCAGUGAAGGAGAAGCCAUGGCUAAAAAGUGGAAAUGUGCCUUCAUGGAGACCUCUGCCAAGCUGAACCACAAUGUGAAAGAGUUAUUCCAAGAAUUGCUAAACCUAGAGAAACGCAGGACUGUGAGUUUACAAAUUGAUGGCAAAAAAAGCAAGCAGCAGAAAAGGAAAGAGAAGCUGAAAGGCAAAUGUGUGGUUAUGUGAAAUUGCACUGCCAGAAGCCAGUCAAGCAGUCUCACCUGUCUGACAAUACGCAUAUAUAACUUAUAGACAGCUAACAACCAUGCAAGAGCAUAUUUACUAGUAUCUGUUUAAAAAAGAAAUGGAAUUUGGAAAAAAUAGUUACUGUGGUUACUAUGAAAAAAGUAAACAAUUAAAAAACUAUGUACGUUAGCUAUCAGUGAAAAAAGU